UACCGCCCCUUCCCGGGAGGACUGCACUUCCCGUCGUGCCCCGCGCCGGCAAUACCGGAUAUCCGGCGCCGCCUCAGGGAGCCGCCCGGGCCCAGGGAGGCGAGAGGCGCAGCCCCGCACCGGCCUCUCCCCCCUUCCCCGACCCCGGUUCCCUUCCUCGCUCCGGUUCCCGGCGGCUGGGCCGCGCCGCCGGCCUCCCUGCCGCCGCCAUGGGUUGUACGCUGAGCGCCGAGGACAAGGCGGCGGUGGAACGGAGUAAGAUGAUCGACCGCAACCUGCGGGAGGACGGCGAGAAGGCGGCCAAGGAGGUGAAGCUGCUGCUGCUCGGUGCUGGAGAGUCUGGGAAAAGCACCAUUGUGAAGCAGAUGAAGAUUAUUCAUGAGGAUGGCUAUUCGGAGGAAGAAUGCAAACAAUAUAAAGUGGUUGUCUACAGCAAUACUAUCCAGUCCAUCAUUGCAAUCAUAAGAGCCAUGGGAAGGCUAAAGAUAGACUUUGGGGAAGUUGCCAGAGCAGACGAUGCUCGUCAGCUCUUUGUGUUAGCCGGCAGCGCGGAGGAAGGCGUGAUGACUGCCGAGCUCGCCGGCGUGAUUAAGCGGUUGUGGAGAGACGCUGGCGUUCAGGCCUGCUUCAGCAGAUCCAGAGAAUAUCAGCUGAACGACUCCGCAUCAUAUUACCUGAAUGACUUGGAUAGAAUAUCCCAGCCGACCUAUAUCCCGACUCAGCAGGAUGUUCUGCGGACCAGAGUUAAAACGACCGGCAUCGUGGAAACUCACUUCACCUUCAAGGACCUGUACUUCAAGAUGUUUGAUGUUGGUGGCCAACGGUCGGAGCGCAAGAAGUGGAUCCACUGCUUCGAAGGCGUGACAGCGAUUAUUUUCUGCGUGGCCCUCAGCGAUUACGACCUCGUCUUGGCCGAGGACGAGGAAAUGAACCGGAUGCAUGAGAGUAUGAAACUGUUUGACAGCAUUUGUAACAACAAAUGGUUUACAGACACAUCCAUCAUUCUCUUCUUGAACAAGAAAGACCUGUUUGAGGAAAAGAUUAAGAAAAGCCCGCUGACGAUCUGCUAUCCCGAGUACACAGGCUCCAACACGUACGAGGAAGCAGCUGCCUACAUCCAGUGUCAGUUUGAAGAUCUGAACCGGAGAAAAGACACCAAGGAGAUCUACACGCACUUCACCUGCGCCACCGACACCAAGAACGUGCAGUUUGUCUUCGACGCCGUUACGGAUGUUAUCAUUAAAAACAACCUGAAGGAAUGCGGGCUCUAUUGAGAAGGACGGGGCGCGGGAAGAAGUUUUUAAGAUGCGGCGUUUUUGAGGAGCAGACUCUUUGCUGCCUGGCGGGGGGACGGCUGCAAGCAUGAAAAGAGGACCAGGGGAAAAAACGCAAAACAGCAUGCGGAACCGUUGCAUUCUUUAGCACAAUCUUCUGUAUUAGGGACCUUUUUUUUUUUUAUUAUUAUUAUUUUAUUAAUUUUUAUUAAUGGGAUGGCGAAGUUAGGUCGAGCUGGAACAACUGUUAGUGUGACUAGAUCAUCCUGGCGUCGUUUGGAUGGCGUGACCUCCGAUGUGUAAAGCUGUUGUGAAGUUUUGAGGUGCUGGAUUCCAGACCUUCCAUAUGUAGCUUUUUCUCUCUUUUCUUCGGUUAACAAGCCACCACUCGUCUGGUUUUUAAGGGUUGGUUUGGGGUUUUGUGUUGGUUUUUUUUUUUUUUUGGGUGUGUGUUUUUUUUUUUUCCAUCGAGAAAACUGGUGUAACUUUACUAAAUUUUAUUUCUUCCUUUGCCAAUGGAUCUUGUUUUAAAAAUAAAAAAAAAAAAUAAAAAAGGAAAAAAAAAAAAAAGAAACGACAAACAACAGAAAAAUAAUCACUUAACUAUGCACAUGUGACCAGAUCAUGCAGAAAGUAUUCCUCUUAGCAGGAACUCUUUGUUUUUAACACUUGGUAUGGUCAGGAUUUAAUAUUUCUGCAACUUAAAGGAUCCUUAGAGCUCUUAACGGCGAUAGCUUCGGCUUUUAUCUGCUGUCUGAUUUGUUCCCAUCCUGCUCCCAGAAGCUUCUGCAGCGGGACCAGCGAGUCUUUUUUUUUUUUUUUUUUUUUUAUUUUGUUGGGGUUUUUUUUUUUUGGUUUUUUUUUUUAGCUUAUGGUUAGGGGCGAACCUGGUUUAUGCCGCUAUCCCAACGGAGCUUCCUUCGGCGGGGGGCCGCGUCCAAGCCAGCGACCGCCUACCCGGGGCUGCGGCGCUCGCUCGGAGAAAUUCAAUGCCGAGCUCCGCCGGGGCCGGGAAACGCGUGCUGCUACGGAGCUACUCCCUCAACCACUUCCAUAUUAAUUUUUUGUGUGUGUACGUGUGCAUUUUUGGUCUAAACCGGUGGGCGAUUUUUUUUCUUUAUUUUAUUACUAUUUUUUUCCCCUCCCUGUAAAGGGUGCACCUUGUUCUGCAUUGACCGCGGCCUUUUCUGUUCCGAGACUCCUAGCCUGUAGCCACGAGCAUGCCUUUACUUUGUAUAUGUGGUGCCAAAUCCCCCUUUGCCACCGUUUUGACCCCAAUAACCUUCAUAACCCGUCGGGAACAUUCCUUCGCUGACCCCAUCGCAUCCAGACUCUUCUCUUCCCCCUUUGUCACGUGUACAGUUUCGAUCUGUUCUAGUUGUUGGCAGUAUUAAAAUGGUGAGUUAAACACUUGA